AUGUAUGAGGGUGGAGACCGGAAUCAUUCACAAGGCUCGAAUAAGGAACGUAUUGACGAACCCGACAAAGAGGGCCGCACUGCCCUCAUGCUGGCUGCCCAAGAGGGCCACUGCUCCGUGGCCGGCGCCCUUUGUGCCCGCGGCGCCGGACUCGAGGCCCGUGCCCACGACGGGCGCAGUGCCGCCCGCACGGCGGCUGUCCACGGACACGGCGACGUGGUCCAGCUCCUCGCUGCCUGCGGCGCCGACGUGGACUACGCCGACCCCGACGGCCGAUCCACCCUCUACGUCCUGGCCGUCGAGAACCGCGUCAACAUGGCCCAACUCGUGCUGGACCUGGGCACUGCCCGGCCCUGUGCCCGGGACGCCGACGGCAGGACGCCUCUGCACGUGGCUGCCUGGCAGGGCCACGACGCCAUGGUGCGUCUCCUGCUGCUGCAGGCCGGAAGAAAGACCACCAACAACAACAGGACGACGACUACUACUACAACAACGACCAACGCUGGUGGUGUACUCGUGGAUGCCGAGGACUCGGACCGACGCACGGCGUUGCAGAGUGCAGCCUGGCAGGGCCACGCAGCCGUGGUGCAGGAGUUGCUGGCCCACGGGGCCCGCGUGGACCACGCGUGCAACCAGGGCGCCACGGCGUUGAGCAUCGCGGCGCAGGAGGGCCACCUGGCCUGCGUGCAGCUCCUGUUGGACGCCGGGGCCGACCCCGCGCAUGUGGACGCCUGCGGUCGGUCUGCGUUGAGGAUGGCGCUCAAGGGCGCUCAUCUCCAAGUGGCCCGACUGCUGGAGGACCGACUGGCUGCCAUUUCAGGAGGAGCCGAUGGCGGUGGUGGUGCCAGUGGCAGGCAAGUGCGACACCACCACCGCUCGGCCACCACGCCGACGUCUUCUGCGUCGUCCAUCGUCGCUGCCUGUGCAGCAGCGGGGGCCAACACCAAGGCCAGGACGAGCACCGGCAGCAGCAGUAGCAAGGGAACAGCGUCGCCGACGUCGAGGUUCCCCAGACUCGUCGACGACUACGACUACGAUCGGGCACCGGCUCUCAGCCGCCACCCCCUGUCGCCGCACACGCAGGACAGUCGUGGUGGCGGCGGCCUCACGCCCAUCAGCUUCAGUCAGAGCGACCACAUGCACAUCAUCCUGGGCAAGAGCAGCGUCACCAGCAAUGGCCACAGCAACCACAAUAAUAACAACAACAACAAUAACAACAGCAACAACAACAAGAUGCUGUCCUCGUCUUCCGUGUCCGGCUCGUCGUCGUCGUCGUCGUCCAAAUUCGGCGGCUGCAACUUCAAGCCCGUGGCGGGACUCAAGAACCUGGCCGGGGGACUCUGGGGCAGUCGACUCGGCAAGUCCAGUCAACACCACCACAACAAUCACCACAACCACCACCACCACCACAAUCACAAUGGCCUGGCCUUUGCCAAGAAGGAGACCCCGCUUUGA